CGCUAUGUGAUUUCAGAUUUGAAUUAUUCUCAAACAAAUAAAUCUGCUUUCAUACUUUAUCUUUAUUAUAUAUGUUUUUACGGAUUUGUGUGUCGCAAAAUAAUAUAAUACAUAUUGCAAAUAAAAAUGAAAAGAUUAAAAAGUGUAUCCAUUAAUUUUUUUCCCAUCACACGAGGCCCGAGGGUACUUCAAAUAAUAAUAAAUAAGUUUUGAUUGUCAUCCUUUAUUUUUUUACAUUGUUUUUGAGUGCACGUGCUUAAGUUUAGGGAAUAUUCGAACAGCAUGGAACAUGAAGAAAAACUUUCUCUCAGCGUUCUAGAAGACCGACCCUAUCGAUAUUUACAACAGAUGGCAAAAUCUAUUGGAUUACCAUCAAAUUUUAAGAAAGUCUAUUUAAUAGAAUUGAUACAAGCUAAGAAGUUCAAAACUGAAAGAGAAGUUAAUACUAUUAUACAUAGAGUUAAACUUGAGCGAUUGCAAUUAUCAAAAGCCAGAAGAGAAAGUAAAAGAAGAAAAAUGCAGAUGACAGAAGUAGCAUCAACAAGCAGAUCCUGCUUCUCUCCACCCAUAACAAUGACACCAAAACGUUCAAAUCAAAUGUAUGUGAGAUGCAGUCCAGAACAACGCAGACCUCUCAUCACUUAUAAUCCAAAACGGAAUUUAAUACAAAAUCUUAAUCAAAAUCCCACACCAAAUUCAGCAACUUCAUGUGGUAGAAUAUUAAGAAGUUUUAACAUGAAAACUUUAAAACCCAAUUAUGCAUUAAUGAAUGGUCAGGAUAUAUUCAAGUCGCAUACAAAUCCAAAAGAAACGAAAAUCAAAAUAAUAACAAACAGUGGUGGAUUCCCUCAGUUCAAUGUCACUGCUAAGUGUGUUGUGAAAAAGCACAGGCCCAGUGUAUUAGCCAAUGGGAAGACAGCCUUGAAGACACAUUUAAUGCUAACCCAAAGCAUGGAUUUAUUACAAAAUCCAAUACCAGCAAAGCGUCAACGAACUCUAAGCGGUAUAUAUCCAUUAAUACCUUCAGAUACAAUACCAAGAAAUCUUCAAACUACCGAGAGUGUUUGUUUACGUAAAAUAGACGGUAGUUUGACAAAGAUCAAUGCAUUAGUGCAGAAACGUAAUAUAGAUAUUAUACCACGACAAAAAAAUAACUUCAAAAAUACUGAAGUAAAUAUUCAAGACAUAUUGAAUAGUAUUGAUGCCAAUACAGACCAUAUCACAGAUGGUAAUAGAAAUAAUGAAUAUUUGCAAACACAAUAUCCAAAUUUAUCAAGUAUAGACGCAGCAUACAGUAAUAUGUAUAAUACCCAAGCGCCUGGUAUUGAAAAUAAUUUAAAAGAAAAUGACAUGGAUAUUUACUCGGUUUAUUAUCACAAAAAAAUCAGAGCCGAACAAAUAAGAUGUCAACGGUUGAGAGAAAUGCAAGAUAAUGAAAGAUUACCGAAGAUCGGUGAUGUUUUUAGUAAAUUCAGUGAUGUUUAUAGGAGAGAUUUGACGCAGCCUCUGUAUGUGCAAGUCAGCACUGAAGCCGAGAGAAGUCAAAAUCAUCCAUUUUAUGUUACCAGAGGUCCGGCAAAUACGAUUAUGCUGGAACAUCUAUACAAUUUUAAAAGUCAAUUACUAACAAACGCACCGUUACUGCAAAUAGCAACUACGUCCAACACAAAAUGUGUCUACAGCACACCUAUUAUUGCAACUGCUGUGGCGCAACCCUCGACGAUUGUGUCGAACGAAGCUUAUGUUUCUUCGUUCGAGGUGGAUAGUCAUCGUAAUCAACACGACAUCGAUCCGAGGUUGUACGAAUUCCUACACUUCUCAGAGCAGACGAGGAGGAAUUAUUCACAUUGUGAUGAUUUCAGUACAUCGACGUCAUCUUUGGGAACGUCUCAAGACAUAAGCACGACCGUCUCUAUUCCGGAGAUGGUGGAAGAUGCACUUGAAAUUAUAAGUCAGGAUGGGGAUUAUAUGGAACAAAUCGCAAUGGACGUGAGUGUGCAAUGCGUGCUCUGUACCUGGGCGGGACCCAAGAUAUUACUCGAAUAUCACAUCAAAAAGGAGCACGCGCAGGCCAUCCACCGGCAGCGCGGCAGCGAGUGGGCGGUGCCGUGGGCGGUGCCGGCGGCGCGGGGCGCGCGGGGCGCGGGCGGCGCGGCGCGGCACCUGCUGCAGCUGGGGGACGCGCUCUACGUGCUCAGCGCGCGCUACCGCGACCCCGACUGCUUCACGGCCUGCCUCGCCUCAUUAUCGACGGAAAGUACACAAAAAUACGGCUCUAUAACAAUUUACAACAAAGUCUCCGGUGAACCAUUCUCGUGGAGCGGUCACAUACAACCGCUACCGCUCAACCUGCCAUAUGAAAACGAGGCCAGCUGUCUCAAAGUAGAAUUGUCUAAACUAGACUUACUACCCAAUAGCGCUAACUUAAAACUAUUCAACAGAGAGUUAGUGACAGACUCACCGAGCAAAGUCAUUAUAGGGCAACCCAUAUUUAAUGAUAUACAAUUGAUAAUAUUCGUUAGGAUUUUUAAUUAAAACUUUUGGAUAAAUAUUUGCAAUGCUAGCGCCACAUAUGUGCAAAUGAACGAACAUCUAUGAUGUAAAGAUGCUAUGAAAGUAUUUAACUACCAAUUGGUUUUAAAUAUCAUAUUCAUCGAUAAAGUCCUUAUUAUAACUUUCAAAGCAAUAUUAAUUAUAACAUUACAUUUUCUCAAUUUUUAAGACUGAAUUUGUAUAACAGAAAACCGACAGAAGACUCCUUCAUAACAUAUUAUAAAAGUUAUUAAGGGUGUCACUAGGUAAACAUUUCUGUCUCCUUCUUUCGAAUGUCAAAUCUAUGAUCUAUAACAGAAAGAGAUAGCAAUGUUUAUCUAAACACUCGCUAAACGACUUUAAAAAGUAAAACAUUAAUAGUGCCUUAACAUUUUUAAACUCUUAACUUUUAUAUAUUUCUACACGUAACGUUACAAAGUUGUAAUUGGUUUUAUCGUAACUUUAUUUUUAAUUAAUAUAUUUACUUAAUUUCUAACUUUGUUAUUUUAUGCUUAUGGCAACACAAGUGUUAAUUGUUCUAGUUUUAAGUUGUUGAUUUUGAAUCUUUUUUUUAUUUUAUAAUCAUGUUGAUUACUUUCAUCGUUUUAUUUUAAGAGAAGUCUUUAAUAAUUAUGUGCCAUACUAACUUGUAUUACUUUUUUUUUGUUAAACAAAGUAUUUUUUUUUUAAAUUUUCCAAGUAUUUAAAGAAUAUUUUUAUAGCAUUACUUCAAUAUAGUUUAUGAUAUGAAUAAGAAAUUAUGAGAAAAAUAACGCAUAAAUGCCUUCAACGUUUAUUGUAGUUUAUUAUUGUUAUUAACAUUGAAUUUGUAUGUUUUUAACGAAUUUUAAAGUCAAUACUUUUGCGGCUUUAAGUAUUAAAAUUGUGACAUCGAUAAACAUAACAGUAUAUUAUGCUAACAAUUCAAAUAAAUUCAUCGUGAAAAAAUCGUUAUGUACUUCUUUUAAGCUCUCUGUUAAAAAUUGUAAUUUUGUAAAGUAUUUUGCGACC